ACACGGUUAAAUAAAACAACCUGCAGAAUAAGUUCUUUUAACUUACUUUUGAGUUGUUCGUCUCUUUCGCACUUAUUAGUGUUGUCAAAAACAAAACGAGAGAUUCGACUCAGUUGAGGUCUUCCGUGGAGGAAGGUACUUUUGAGUUGUUUGGGGUAUACUCAAAAUUAGGUAAAUUCAACUUAAAUUUGAGUAUAAAAAACCUAUCAAUAAGUUGCCGUGGUUAAAUGGAAACUACCACGGUUUACCUAAUUUUAAGUUCCCCCACGCUACCACGUCAAAGGAACUCAAUUUUAGGUAGUUGUUCGUUUCCGUGUAAGUCAGUUCCUACACGGUUUAAUAAAACAACCUGCAGAAUAAGUUCUUUUAACUUACUUUUGAGUUGUGCGUCGCUUUCGCUCUUACCCACACUCACGCAAAUUGACUAGCGAAAUUCAUUAAAUUUGCCUUAUGAAACCAUAAAAAAUACAAAAACGCGAUUUCAUAAGUCACUUAUAGAUUUCAUAAGGUUCUUAUGAUUUUCAUAAUCGAAAAGUAUGAUACAAUAAUGAAAUGAGUAUGAUUUUCAUUGGCGCGCCUUAUGAUUUUUAUCGCUGCCACUAGUACGUUAAAAGAAGAUCAUUCUAAUGAUAAAUCAAAAUGGAGAACAUCGUGUUGGACGAGCUUAUGCUAAUAGCAGAUUUUCUUUCGGAGGCUCCAGCAAUUUGCUUGGAUAUUUUCAAAGGUGCUGGAAUCAAAACAAUGAAUUUGAUAACAUUCAACGAAAGCGAGUUCGCGGCUGCCAUCAGCGCUACUAGCAAUACAACGUUCGAGGUCAGUCAAUUGUGGUGUUGGGUUACAAACUGGCGUGAAAGGAAUAAUCUGGUUAAUGCAUCAAUACUGCCCUGUGAAACAAACGAUAACGUUGUCUUAAGCACGCAGACACAAAACAAAAAGACCUCGGAUCUUUCCCUAACAGCGAAUGAUUUUGGCAAGGAUUCCAUCGCAAUGAACGACGCCCGCCUGGAGCCAUAUAAGUCACCGGUAGCUACCACCGGAACUGAGGACAAUUUUUAUAUGCGUUCUUUUCUUUCUCAAGAUGAGAGCUGUGAUAAUUCUAAAACAGAGGAAACACAAACGAUUCACCAAGCAGACAUUUCGGAUUACUUCAGAACCGAACAAGUAGAAGAUGUUUCUGAAUGUGUUGAAGAUAAUACAAAUUCAAACGAACAGGUUGAGGUCCGACAGAACAAGCUGGACAUUGAUUAUAAGAAACUAGGUUUGGGUGACCCAAACGAGGCGUGCAAAAAAUGGAAUUCCCUAUUCCAACCCAUUGCAAAAUACGUUGCUAAACACGCCAAGGAUCCUUCAUCGAAAGAGCUGAUCCGCGACAUCCAAGAUCAACAGCAUUCUCUUGGUAAGACAUUAAAAACAAAAUUUCUCCUACUCAAGCCAAAAGUGUUACACAAUCUCGGUAUCGGAACACUGGCAAAGAGACGGUUCGAAGCACCAUUAGAACCAUCAAUCUUGGUUUCCAGCCGCGAUGAACACUCGUCGAAACGAGAUGACAAGUCGUGCGAUGCAUAUACAUAUCACUACAAGUUUCGCCGAGCGGACAAUUUUGGGCCUAGCGAAAGUAGUGUCGAUAAUCACUAUCCGGACCAAUCCCUAUCGGUAAUGUUGGUGAUUAUCGUGGAAACGAUGGUCCUAAUGGUGAUCAAAUCCUACACAUAA